CUCCCGGCCCCGCCUCUCCGCAGCUACAUCCGGGAACCCCAAGGAGUGGGCGUGGCUCCGUCGUGCUCCGCUCGCCUCAGUCGGCCGAGGCGCGGCUUCUGAGGGGACUUGAGGCGGAGGAAAGCGGCCGCUGCUGCCUUCCUGAGGGGGCGAAAGGACGAGGGCUUUUCCUCCCGCUUCCCCUUCCCUCCUUCUCCCGACCCAACCAACCCCCGGCAUGGCGGCUAGUGAUUCAGAGCGAGAGGCAACAGUCCCAGAAAAGUCAUCUCCUGACAGAGAGAAGAAAAAGGAUCAUUCAGAUGCAUCUAGUUCUCCUAAAACUUCCAAACAUCAUUAUUCAAGGUCACGCUCACGGUCAAGAGAAAGAAAACGAAAGUCAGAUCAUGAUGGGAAGAAACACAGAAGCCGGAGCAGAAGCAAAGAGAACCACCUUCUUCUUAAAACAGGCAAGAAGACACGGCUCCAAAGAGAAGGCCAAGAAGCACAAAUCAGAAGACCAUGGCGAGAGAGAGCACUCUUCGGAUAAAGGGAGGGAGAGCACCUCCGAGAACGGAGAGGAGCGACAUAAGCGCAAAGAGAAGAAACCCUCGAGGGGACGGAGCCAUUCAAGGUCUAAGUCUCGCGAAAGACGUCAUCGUAGUAGAAGCCGUGAUAGAAAAAGGUCACGAUCUCGGAGCAGAGAGAAAAAACGACGUGUAAGGUCACGUUCUAGAUCAAGAUCUAGACACCGGCCUAGAAGCCGCAGCCGGAGCAGAACUAGGAGCAGAAGCAGGGAAAGAAAGAAGAGGGUUGAAAAACCCAGAAGAUUCAGCAGAAGUCACAGCAGGACUCCGAGCCCGCCGCCUUUUAGAGGACGAAACACAGCAAUGGAUGCACAAGAAGCACUGGCCAGAAGGUUGGAAAGAGCCAAAAAACUGCAAGAACAGCGAGAGAAAGAACUGGUUGAAAAACAGAAGCAACAAGAAAUAGCUGCUGCAGCGGCUGCCACGGGGGGUUCGGUCAUCAACGUUGCGGCUCUCCUGGCCUCCGGGACGCAGGUCACUCCUCAGAUAGCCAUGGCGGCUCAGAUGGCAGCUUUGCAAGCAAAGGCUCUGGCCGAGACCGGAAUAGCUGUGCCAAGCUAUUAUAAUCCUGCAGCUGUGAACCCGAUGAAGUUUGCUGAGCAGGAGAAGAAGCGGAAGAUGCUCUGGCAAGGAAAAAAAGAAGGGGAUAAAUCUCAAUCUGCAGAAAUCUGGGAGAAGCUGAACUUUGGCAAUAAGGACCAAAAUGUCAAAUUUAGAAAACUGAUGGGUAUCAAGAGCGAAGAGGAAGCGGGCGGUAGCAGUUCGGUCGAUGAAGAGAGCUAUAAGACUUUGAAGCAGCAGGAAGAAGUGUUCCGAAACCUAGACGCACAGUACGAAAUGGCACGGUCACAGACACACACCCAAAGAGGCAUGGGGUUGGGGUUUACAUCUUCCAUGCGAGGAAUGGACACCGUUUGAAAGAAUGUGAUCUUGAAGCCGGGACUUUGUCCGAGUUUCUCGUUCCGACGUUGGGUCCUUCUUCACCAAAAGCUGGCAUCCUAGCUUGCAUGGGUAUUGCAUUGACUUUUAAUUUAUUGACAUGACAAUUUUUGUAAAUAUCAGAUCAGUGAUUUAACUGGUGUUCAUGUUGUAAUCAGGUUAUACUCCCUUCCAUUAUACUUGACAGAACUGUAGGAGGACAUUUUUUUUAGUUCUGUGGUUUCAAUGCAGAACAGCUAAGGGUAAACUCAUACAUGGAUAUUUUGUGUCCGCUGUCUUGUGUACUUUUGUACUUUAAUCUUGUACAGUUAUUUUCAACUUUUGAAACAUAAAACACAUUGUGUAGGUGUUAAUCUAGCAGACUGGGCCGAUGGGUACAUAAUGCCGUGCAAAAACCUGGUUAAUAAAAAUGUUUUUUCUCUAACAGUA